AUGGCUCUUUUAGUAGACAAACACAGACCACGCAACCUAGAUGCUCUCAGCUACCAUCCAGAGCUUUCCGAGCGCCUACGAGCUCUUGCACAAAGCGGCGACUUCCCCCAUCUCCUCGUCUACGGGCCCUCCGGCGCCGGCAAAAAGACUCGCAUCGUCGCAACGCUCAAAGAGCUCUAUGGCCCCGGUGUCGAGAAGAUCAAGAUCGACGCACGCGUCUUCCAAACCACCACGAACCGCAAACUCGAAUUCAACAUCGUCGCCUCCGUAUACCACCUUGAAAUCACCCCAUCCGACGUCGGAAACUAUGACAGAGUAGUCGUCCAGGAUCUCCUCAAAGAAGUUGCGCAAACACAACAAGUCGAUCUCGGCGCAAAACAACGUUUCAAAGUCGUCGUCAUCAACGAGGCCGAUCACUUGACGAGAGAUGCCCAGGCGGCACUGAGGCGGACAAUGGAGAAGUACAGUCCUAACUUGAGGCUGAUACUGUUGGCAAAUUCGACGAGCAAUAUCAUUGCGCCGAUCAGGAGUAGAACGCUCCUUGUCAGAGUAGCAGCGCCCACCGAACUCGAAAUCUGCAGUGUCUUAUCAAAAGUUGGAAAGAAAGAGGGCUGGAAGGAGGUGGAGACACUCAAUCAGAGGAUUGCGAGGGAUAGUGGGAGGAAUUUGAGGAAGGCAUUACUAAUGUUUGAGGCGGUUCAUGCACAAAACGAAAAAAUCUCAGAUCAGACACAUAUACCUCCCCCAGACUGGGAAGCCCUCAUCGAACAGAUCGCCCGCCAAAUCGUCGAAGAACGGAGUCCACAGCGCCUCCUACAGGUCCGCGCCUCGCUCUAUGAUCUGCUAUCGCACUGCAUCGACUCGACAACCAUCAUCAAAACGCUUACAUGGAAGCUCAUACCGAAGACGGAUGAUGCACUGAAGCCGGAGGUGAUCAAGUGGGCGGCCUUCUACGAGCAUAGGUGCAAGAUGGGCAGCAAGCAGAUCUUCCAUCUUGAAGCGUUUGUUGCAAAGUACAUGAGACUAUAUGAGAGUUACUCUAUGGGGAUUGAUUUUGACUCGGCAUGA